AUGUUAUCUUAUCAUUUCAAUGUUCGCUUCGUUCCCAAUAUUGAUACCUGGUGCAAUUCUUCGGCAGCAGUAGAAACUAAAACAGAGGCCCUCCUAUUCCACGGUCCACGCCGAGGUCCAGCUCGAGGAGCGUCUAUCACCGUCCAGGGGACGGUGAUUAAGGUUCAGGCCCAGGUGAGGUAUCUAGGCCUCAUCCUGGACGGAAGAUGGAGCUUCGGGCAGCAUUUUGUCCAACUCAGCCCGAAGCUCAUCAACUCUGCUGCGGCCUUAGGUCGCUUUCGACCCAACGUAGGAGGGCCGGAAACACCUUGCCGGCGUUUAUACGCUGGCGUGGUGCGCUCUAUGGCAUUGUACGGUGCACCCAUUUGGGUGGACUCGCUCACCGCGCGUAACAAGGCUCUUCUGCGGAGAUCGCAGAGGGUCAUAGCGGUAAGAGCAAUACGGGGUUACCGUACGGUGUCGUGGACGGCGGCGACACUUCUUGCGAGCGAUCCGCCCUGGGAACUACAGGCGGAAGCGCUUGCGGAAGUGUACCGGUUCCGGGUGGAAGCAAGGUCAAGCGGCGAUUGUCCAGGACUGGUGGAGGUAAAGAAAGUCAGGGCUCUAGCCCAGCGAGCCUUGAUUAAAAGGUGGCAGGAGGACCUGGGGUCCCCCUCGGCAGGCCUGGUAUCUGCACCAGAUGGCGAGGCGAGAGAUGACACCCUCCUGCCACGAGUGCGGCGCGCCUUCGGACAGGGCCGCCACACCCUGAUUGAGUGUUUCGCAUGGGGGCCUCAGCGCCAUUCCCUGGCGGCCAUUGUAGGCGGAGACCUCUCGCUGCCGAGCGUGAUAAACGCUAUGAUCGACAGCGAGAGAUGCUGGAAGGAAAUGGUCUUGUUCUGUGAAAACGUGAUGACACAGAAGGAGGCCGCGGAGCGGGAGCGUGAAAACAGUACUGCCGACCCGCUUCGCCGAAGAACAAAUUUCAAAUAUAAACUACCAAUAUAUUUAAAUUAA